AUGGUUCAGGAGAACGGCGCUUCCACACCUUCUCUCCCUGCAUCUAGGAGCAGAAGUAAAGAAACCGAUGGCAUCGACGACAACAAUGGAGUGACAGAGUGUCAAAGAACUGUUACGAAUCUGUCUCCUUCGGUGGCUCGCCCACCGGCUCGUGCAGAUCAGAAUACUCCCAGUGUGUGGCAAGAGAUUGUAUCCACAGCACGGUUCAUAACUGGCGGAUUGCAUUACCCAGUAGAGAAUCUGAUAAGGGUAUUUACGCCGGAGAGUGAUAUUGGGAAUUUAAGCGGCAAAGUUAUACUUGUUACAGGAGCCCUCUCGUCAUUUCAGUCUAUCCCCAAAGCGCGUCCACUCAGAUCUGAAAAUAACAGACUCGAUAUCUUAAUGCUCAACGCGGGUGUAAUGGCCGUGCCUCCGGGCACUACAGAAGACGGCUACGAGAUCCAAUUCGGCACAAACUUCCUCGGCCACUUCCUCCUCACCAAACUCCUCUUACCAAUCCUCAUCCAAACAGCAAAAGCCCCUGGUACUCCUCAACAGGCGGCAGCAGACGUACGCGUGAUCUCAGUCUCAUCACUAGCCUGGCAACUAGCCCCUGCCCACAAUCCUCUGGAGGUCAUGACAUCCACAAGGAAGCUGUUAUCUGAGAACACCUGGACACGCUACGGCUGCUCCAAAGCCGGCAACGUCGUUCUCGCAGCGCAAUUAGCUCGCCUCUACCCGCAAAUCACCUCUGUAUCUCUGCAUCCAGGUCUAAUCAUGACCAAUUUGUACUCGGCAACCAAGUCCUCUAAUCCUCUUGUUAAGUAUGCAACUGCCCUGGCGAGUCCGUUGUUGGUGAAUGAGGAAGAAGGCGCGCUUAACCAUUUGUGGGCGACUGGGGUGGAAAAGGAGAUGCUGGUUAAUGGGGCUUACUACGAACCCGUUGGAGUUUGGGCAAGGAAUUGGUUUGCGGAGGACGAGACACUCGGUGAGGAGCUGUGGAGGUACGCGGAGCGGGAGGACAUUCAAAAGGAUGUAAAACGCCGAAAUCGGGAGAAAUCCUUGCGGGAGCAGGACGUAAAGUCACCUUAG